AUCCGCCUGACCCACUACUGUUUACAAAUCAGCAGAGAGAACUACACUGCAGAAUGAGGAGUCCUGCGUGAACUGAACAGUGUCAUCGUUUUCUUUUGAGUCUUGGCUUUGGAGAAUCACAAGGCUGUGAGAGUCAGGCUGGCUGGUGGCCAUGCAGCAUCCUAAUUUCGAGACUCGCCACCCGCUCCAGACAGAUGAGCAGCAGGAGACGGGGUUUGACCCACUACAAAAUUUCAACAAGAACCGCAGCAGAGGAUCACUUGACAGCAGUUACUCACAAUCGCAGUCAACCUUUCUGUCGUACAGGAAAGAAUGGGACGACUUGUUCCUCAACAGUAAUUACCUGGCCAGGAUCCGGCAGGCAGGCAUCAGCGGUCGACUGAGGAGCAGCCGCUUUCGGAGCGUAUGCUGGAAGUUGUACCUGGAGGCUCUUCCUGAAGAUAAAGGGCAGUGGAUCAACAAGACCAAUCAGCUCCGAGCCCAGUAUGAAAAGAUCAAAGAGAUGCACAUCACCAACCCUCGCAAUGCUGCAGGCCAGCAGGACCUGAUGGUCAACAACCCACUGUCCCAGGAUGAGGGGAGCCUGUGGAACAAGUUCUUCCAGGAUAAAGAGCUGAAGGGAAUGGUUAAACAGGAUGUGUUAAGAACGUUUCCUGAGAUACGUUACUUCCAGGAUGAGGACGUGAGGACUAAGCUGACGGACAUUCUCUUCUGUUAUGCCCGUGAAAAUGAACAGUUACUGUAUAAACAGGGGAUGCACGAGUUGCUCGCUCCCAUAGUGUUCGUGCUGCACUGUGACCAUCAAGCCUUCCAGCAUGCUAGUGAGACGGCCAGCCCCAGUGAGGAGAUGAAGUGUCUGUUAGAUCCAGUUUACCUUGAGCAUGAUGCCUAUGCCAUGUUCUCACUGCUAAUGGAGACGGCUGAGCCGUGGUUCUCCAGCUUUGAGAGAGAAGUGAGGAAGGGAAAGGAAGAGAUGCUGACCAGCAUCCCAUUUGCUCGGCCCCAGGAUUCGGGGCCAUCUGUCGCCAUAGUGGCCAAAGUCAACCGCAUCCAGGACCAGCUGGUGAAGAAACACGACGUGGAACUGCACAUGCACCUCAACCGGCUGGAGAUUGCGCCACAGAUCUACGGCAUCCGGUGGGUACGUCUGCUGUUUGGUCGAGAGUUUCCGCUCCAGGACUUGCUGGUGGUGUGGGAUGCCCUGUUUGCCGACAGCAUCACUCUGGACCUGGUGGACUACGUUUUUGUGGCCAUGCUGCUCUACAUCCGAGAUGCUCUCAUUGCAAGUAACUUCCAGACCUGCCUUGGCCUGCUAAUGCACUACCCUCCAUUAGGAGACAUCAACGCUCUGCUUCAAAAGGCUCUCUUCCUCCGAGAUCCUAAAAACAACCCACGACCUGUGAACUACCAGUUUCAGCAGAACCUGGAUUACUAUAAAACAAGGGGAGCUGACCUGAUGAACAAGACACGCUCCACUUCAGGAACAAAAGCAGCUCCCCUCAACAUCAACAAGGUUUCCAGCAGCCUGCUGAGCUUCGGCAGGAAGCUCAUCGCUCCAGCCAUAUUAGGUGGGUCUGGCGGCGUCUCACCAAUCAACAGCGAGGUGCACUCCUCCUCCUCCUCCUCCCCAUCUACGUCCCCUGCCUCGGCCCCUGUGCCCACCCUGUCUCACCCGCUGGCAGAGCCGCCAUCAGGACAUGCUCCGGUCCAGAGCCACACACAGAAUCAGCACUAUCGCCUCCUCAAGUCUGAGAGCAUGCCUGUCCACCUCAGCAAAGAAACAGUUUCAGGUGGAGUGUCUCAGGUCUCUCUCUCAGCCCAGACUCACACUGACACACAAGGACAAAGCUCCCGGACGGUCAGCUCAUCUCCCAGCAUAGAAAGUCUCUCCGGUGGGAGGGGUCAGUCCACUGCCUCCCCGCCCCUUCCUCCCUCCAGAGGCAGUGAUGUCAGCACUUCCUCUCCGCCCCUCUCUGCCACCAAGAAAGAGUCCUUCUUUCACAUCACUCGCUCUCGCUCCCACAGCAAGACCAUGGGCAAGAAGGAGACGGACGAGGAGCUGGAGGCCCAGGUGUCUUUCCUGCAGGGACAGAUCAACGACCUGGAGGCCAUGAGCAAAUACUGUGCUAAGAUGAUGAACACACACAUUUGUAAAAUCCAGGAAGUAAUUCUUGAGGAACACUUGGAGAAAGAGGACGAGGUCCUGGUGUCGUUAGCUGGACUCAAACAGAUUAAAGACAUUCUGAAGGGCGAGCUGCGCUUCAACCAAAGUCAGCUGGAGUCUGAGGAGAACGAGGAGAUCACCAUUGCUGACGAUCACUACACCUCCGCGGCGGCGGCGGCGGCGGCAGCAGCAGCAGCAGCAGCUGAGGCCGCUCUGACCAUCAAUAAUCACCACGGUGACCAUCAACAGAGAGGAAACAGCCGGCAGACAAGGGACUCUGAUCUGGACGGCAGCAUUAGCACAGACGAGAAAGAAGAGGAGGAGCAGAUCAUGACCCCACCUGAGCAGCAGGUGGCAUCCUCUCUCGGCUCAGAGGGUAAAAACUGGGACGAUUACAUCCUUGUAUCCCAGGAUGGAGACCUGCAGGCUCCUGAGGGAGGAGGAAGAGGAAUGGGAGGAGGAGAAGCAGGAGGAAGGGCUGCAGCUGAGCAAACCCCUCCAAUUCGGCGAGCACGUGGCCUCGUGAGAAUUGAACCCGAGGGUGCAGCCGUUACCUUUCACGACCCACUGAUGGCUGGCGUCACCUCGGGCUCAUCGAGCCCAGACGAGGGCUCCACCCACAGCAAAGACUCCGACUUCACCAUCGUCAACCCUAAUGACCUGUGAAUAAACGAAUCACCACUCUCCUCCUCCUCCCCUUCCUCCUCUUAACCCUUUAUCAUGUCCCUCUCUGAGGGUGAGAUGAAAGAAAACUGACUUGGGAUCAGUGGGGGGAGGCUGCAGUAUUUGGUGGAACACCCACUGGAGCUGCUGUCGGCAAGAAAAUUGCACAUGUGAACCGUGACGCUUCGAGUCACAAAUCCCUUUCACUCUGUCUCUUUAACUGUCCCCUGUGCUGAUGCUUCUACGCCAUCUCAUCUGCCUAAUGCUUGUCUCCCCAUUAGUCCUGUCUCAUAUUUACUUGUAGUGCACCGCUCCGCCAAUAGAGGGUGCCACCGUACUACGAUAACUGAGAAGCUGGAACUCAAACUGCAUUUUACAGUCGGGGACCAGACUCCCUGUCCCUGAGCCUGCUGUACUGACUGAGAGAGUGAUACUUGGUUUGUUGUGGAUGCGGAGACCAGGCCACGCCUGUGUCUGUGUUAUUUUGUCCGUCCGUGUCCUCACAGAGGAAGCAGUCUUCUCUGACACUCAAACAAAAAAAAAACCAGAAUGGCUUCUCCUGUCUGUCUUGUCAGUCAUCGAGUGCAGCCUUCUCCUCCUAAACCAGUGCCUCUGACCAUUAAUCAUCUCUCAGCCAAACAAAACCUGACUCUGUGACCUUAAUGUUGUUAGCUUUUUUAUUAUUAUUAUUAUUCGGAUUUCUUUUAAAACUAUUUUAACCCAUAGAAAUUUAGUUUCCUGGAUAAAAUAGUAAAAAUGAUCAAGUAAGUCUGUUUUUUUUGUUGUUGUUUUUUCCCUUUUUGUUUUUAAAAAUGAUUUGGAGGACGUUGUAGAUUUUUAGUGUGAUAACUGACUCUUCUCGUUUCUCACAUUACAACUGAGAUUGUUCUUGUGUCCUGUGGAAACCAGUAUACAGCAGCACACACACACACAAAGAAUGUCCCUCCAUAGCUGCCAUAACCCUAGACCAAUAAAAUGACAUCGCUCUUGCUACACAA